GUCUGCAAGACAUCACUUUCAUAGGCGUCAUGAAUUUGGGCAUUAGUCACAGUCGCUCCGCCGUUCUAGCCUAUUUUCAGGUCCAAUAAACCUUCUGAUUAAAAUGUGGACAAUUCCGAAACCAAAAUAUAGAAACGCUUUGAGCGAAGAGGGGGAUAUCACUGUGAACAUCGGCGGAGUGAGAGUGGUGCUUUUCGGGGACGAUCUGAGGCGCUACCCGGAGAGCAGGCUGGCGGAGCUGUCCAGCUGCUCAGCUCAGAACUCAGAACUUAUCUCCACCCUCUGCGAUGACUUUGACCCGCUCAGAGGAGAGUUUUACUUUGAUCGGGAUCCUGACUCCUUCAAGUGCAUCAUCGAUGUUUAUUACUUCGAUGAAAUCCACAUAAAAACCGGGAUUUGUCCCAUAUGCUUUAUCAAGGAGAUGGAGUUCUGGAAGAUAGACCAGAGCGUUUUGGAUGAGUGCUGCAAAAGUUAUCUGAGUGAGAAGGAGGAAGAGCUGAACGAGAUUGCGAGCAAAGUGAAAGCUAUAUUAGAAGAUCUGGAUGUGGAUCAAUGCAUCACCCGCACCCAGAGGUACCAGAGGUCCCUGUGGAGACUGAUGGAAAAGCCGGAUUCCUCCCUGCCGGCGCGCUUCAUCGCUAUCACCUCCUUUCUCUCCAUCCUUGUGUCAGCGGUGGUGAUGUGUGUGAGCACCAUCCCGGAGCUGCAGGUGGCCAACGCGGAGGGGAAACUGGUUGAACACCCGACCAUGGAGGCGAUCGAGACCGUGUGCAUGCUGUGGUUCACGGUGGAGUUCGUGCUGCGCCUCGUUUCCUCUCCCAACAAAUGGCGCUUUGCGCUCUCCAUAAUGAACACCAUAGACUUCAUGGUGAUUAUGCCUUUCUACGUUGUUCUGUCCCUCACUUUGCUCGGUACCACGUCCAUGAUGGAGCUGGUGAACGUUCAACAGGCUGUCCAGGCGUUGCGCAUCAUGCGCAUCGCGCGUAUUUUCAAGCUGGCGCGCCACUCCUCUGGCCUGCAGACCCUGACCUAUGCGCUGAAGAGGAGCCUGAAGGAGCUGGGGCUGCUCCUCAUGUACAUGGGUGUGGGGAUCUUUGUGUUCUCCGCUCUGGCCUACACUAUGGAGCAAAGCCACCCGGAAACGCUCUUUAGGAGCAUCCCUCAGUCUUUCUGGUGGGCCAUCAUCACCAUGACCACGGUGGGUUACGGAGACAUCUACCCCAAAACCCCUCUGGGGAAAUGCAACGCGGCGGUCAGCUUUCUGUGCGGGGUGAUCGCCAUCGCUCUGCCCAUCCACCCGAUCAUCAACAACUUUGUUGUCUUCUACAACAAGCAGAAAGUGCUGGAGACUGCCGCAAAGCACGAGGUGGAGCUGAUGGAGCUGAAGUCCGACGAGGAGGCGCGCAAAAAAAGUCAAGAAUGAAAAACAUCAAAACCAAAAAGAUCACUGAAAACCCUUUUUUCCAGCAUCAGAGUGAACAGAUUAUAACGCGGUUAUAAAGGGAAUAUCAGGCUGCUGAUGUACAUAGCGCUGUCACUGUUGUCUUUUCCUUGCAUGUUUUGUCUUCUAUGUGAUGUGCUGAUUUUGUAAAGGCAUUAAUAAAACAUAUAGGACUCUCGGUUAAGUUCAAAAUAAAA